GUUUAGUUAACACAUUGGGCUGUUAAUGCCUAAUUUAAAACUAAUCUAUUUUGAUUUAGUCGGUCAGAGUGUAGACUGUGAAAGGCGAGUUUAUUUAUUUCUGAAAGGAAAAGUGAGCCACGAUGGUAUUCUAAUUUUAGAAAGCUGUUAAAUCCUAAAACCUACUAUAAUGCAACUCUUUAUAAUCAGAUUGUUUAAAUGAAUAGAUAAAAGGAAAUUGAAGCUAAAUUAACCUUUUUAAUUCAAUUCUCAUUUUUUUCUGGAAUGUAUUUGAGUUCUAUCUAUGCAAUUCUUGAUCAAAUUCCUCUCAAAACUUAUCAAUAUAAAACAAAUCUCAGUCAUGUUUUACCUGGAAUAAUUUGCAUUAUAAAAUCAGGUUGUACUCCAGUCUAGUUAGGGACCAUUUCACAAAUAAUUUUUAAUAAUAACGGAAAAAGAUAUAUUUGGAGAGUCACAUUUUGUGGAUGAGGAUAGCAAAAUUAAUUUGAAAAAGUCUAUCAUUCAUCAAAAAUACUAUGAAGCGAUUUGCAAUUCCUAGGUAGUAGAGUUGUAUUUAUUAAAUGUAUCUGAAUUAAUUCAUACAAUAAAUUCAUAAUAAUUGAGACUGUUCUUGUAAAAAAAAUUUAGACAGAGAAUUGUGUAAUUAAGAUCAAGUGUAGAAUAAAAUUAAUCCUUCUCGAAACCUUUGUAAUAAUAAUAAUAGAUUUAAUCCCAACAAAGACUGAGAACAAAAACCUAAACUUCAGAUUCAUAAUACGAAUAAUUAAAAUAAAAAGAGACAGCUGCCAUUGAUAAAGUAAAAGAAGUAGUCAAAAAUAUGAAUUUCUCUUAUUCAAGAACAAGAAAUUAUUUUGCUUCAAAAUUAGGAGCUGGGAACAUUAUGUUUCAUAAGGCUUUUAUGUAUGAGUAUACUCCUCAUUAUACUAAAAAGUAAAGAUAGUCAUCUUUGUCAACAGCGGUGAAAUAGAAAUUAAGCUAGAGAACAGAAAGAGAUGAGGACAACUAUGCUCUAAAAUUCCUUUUGCAAGAAUUAAUUUGA